AUGGAUGUCAUUAAGCAAACGUUCCAGCGCUGCAAGGCACAAAACAAGGCCGCGCUUGUGACGUAUGUCACAGCAGGCUUCCCUCGACCUGAGGACACCCCCGAUAUCUUGUUGUCCAUGGAAAAAGGCGGCUCUAAUAUUAUCGAGCUUGGUGUUCCUUUUACAGACCCAAUCGCAGACGGUCCGACUAUUCAGACCGCCAAUACAGUUGCCCUUGAGCACGGCGUCACUAUCGAGACAACACUUUCCAUGAUAAAGAAUGCCCGUGGACGAGGUUUGCAGGCGCCGGUGCUUCUGAUGGGAUACUACAACCCGCUGUUGCGGUAUGGCGAAGAACGUCUGUUGAGGGACUGCCAAGAAGCUGGCGUCAAUGGCUUUCUUGUCGUCGAUCUACCGCCGGAAGAGGCCGUCUCCUUCAGAAAACUUUGCACCAAGGGGAGGUCAGUCACAUUUCCCAAAUUUGCGAGUUUAGUCUUCUUACGAACAACGUCAUAUGCCUUCAUGCUUUUCGCAGUCCCGUCCAUGAUGGCUAACUUGGAAUCGCGCUUGACAGCCUAUCGCGUCACUGGAGCCUCAGGAUCGCUGAGCGCCAAUUUGCCUGCUCUCCUCGAACGUGUCAAGAAAUACAGUGGGAAUAAACCUGCCGCUGUUGGCUUCGGCGUUAGCACACGUGAUCAUUUCCUUAGCGUCGCCAACAUUGCUGACGGAGUUGUUGUUGGAAGUCAGAUUAUUACCACCCUGCAGAGAGCUGCUCCCGGCCACGGCCCAAAGGACGUCGAGCAGUACUGCGCGGACCUGUGCGGAAGAGAUGCUCUGCCACAAGACGAUGCAACUCGAGAGGUUGGAGUCGUCGAAGCUGUCAGUGGCGCCAAGGGUCCUAGUGGAAGUACUGUGACAGUCAACGCUGUUGUAACCGACCAAGAUCGACUUACGGCUGAGCAAGACAGCAUUUUAAUUUCGCAACUUGCUGCUCUCCAUGGCAAGAUUCCCGACAAAUUUGGCGAGUUCGGGGGUCAAUACGUUCCCGAGAGUUUGAUGGAUUGCCUUUCCCAGCUAGAGGAGGGAUUUAACAAGAUCAAGGAUGAUACUGCAUUCUGGGAGGAGUACAGAUCCUACUACGACUACAUGGGGCGACCGUCACGGCUUCAUCUGGCUGAGAGACUAACCGAGCAUGCGGGGGGUGCCAAUAUCUGGCUCAAGAGGGAGGAUCUCAACCACACUGGCAGCCACAAGAUCAACAACGCCCUAGGUCAAUUGCUGCUCGCAAGGCGCUUAGGCAAGACCAAAAUUAUCGCAGAGACCGGAGCUGGUCAACAUGGUGUUGCGACAGCAACAGUUUGUGCCAAGUUUGGCAUGGAGUGCACGGUAUACAUGGGCGCAGAAGAUGUCCGUCGCCAAGCUCUGAAUGUAUUUCGCAUGCGAUUGCUGGGCGCAAAGGUGGUUGCUGUAGAAGCUGGUAGCAAGACUCUUCGGGAUGCGGUGAACGAAGCCCUCCGAGCAUGGGUCAUCGAACUUGAUACCACGCACUACAUCAUAGGCUCUGCAAUUGGGCCACACCCAUUCCCAACCAUCGUCAGAACUUUCCAAUCCGUGAUUGGUAAGGAAACCAAGAAGCAAAUGAUGGAGAAGCGACAAAAGCUGCCCGACGCAGUGGUGGCCUGUGUAGGAGGUGGCAGCAAUGCUGUCGGCAUGUUUUAUCCCUUUUCAAACGAUCCCACUGUCAAGCUGAUUGGGGUUGAAGCUGGCGGUGAUGGUAUAGACACGGAAAGACACAGCGCCACUCUGACCGGAGGAUCCAAGGGUGUCCUUCACGGAGUACGUACGUACGUCCUUCAAGACAAGAAUGGCCAGAUUUCCGAGACCCAUUCUGUAUCGGCCGGCCUCGACUAUCCAGGAGUUGGUCCUGAACUCAGCUCUUGGAAGGAUAAUGAGAGGGCCAAGUUUAUUGCAGCCACAGAUGCACAAGCCUUCCAGGCUUUCCGGCUGCUGAGCCAAUUGGAGGGAAUCAUCCCAGCUCUUGAGUCAGCCCAUGGAAUUUAUGGUGCCAUCGAAUUAGCCAAGACUAUGAAGAAGGAUGAAGAUCUCGUCAUUUGCCUCAGCGGCCGUGGCGACAAGGACGUGCAAAGUGUUGCCGAGGAGCUUCCGAGACUUGGACCGCAGAUUGGCUGGGACUUGCGAUUUUAA